AUGCCCCCGCCCGAUCCACCCAGUCUCAAGAAAGCAAAGCACGCACACACUGCCGACACAUCAUCCAACUCCGAGGUUACACCCAAAAGACGCGGUCGUCCGCCUAAGGCCUCGACCGCUACACCCAAGUCUGUCACACCCAAGGCCGUCUCCUCAGCCACACCCAAGAACUACAGGACUGGUGAAAGACAGAGUGCUAGACUGGCUUCUACUCCCGUCAGCGAGAUUGCUCUACCAUCGUUGAGAAGAAGACGCGUCACCCAGCCAGCCAACCAACCCAAGCGUGGUAGAGGAAGACCACCAAAGAAGACCAAGCAGGCUGCUCUCAAGGAUGCGCACGACUCUGGCCCGGAACCCGACGCUAACCACGAAGCAAGCGAUGGCAUUGAUUACGACGACCCAACCCACGAUGCCAACAUCACAGAGGCCACGACUAUCAUCCAAGCCGAUCGCAGCUAUUGGCUUAUGAAAGCCGAACCAGAGUCUCGCAUCGAGAAGAACGCCAACGGCGACGACGUCGAUGUUAAGUUCAGCAUCGACGAUCUCCGUUCUCGCACCGAUCCUGAGCCAUGGGAGGGCAUCCGUAAUGCGCAAGCCCAGAACAACAUGAAGGCCAUGAAAGUCGGCGAUCUUGCUUUCUUCUACGAGUCGAACUGUAAGAAGCCCGGCAUUGUCGGUGUCAUGGAGAUUGUCAACGAGGCCAGUCCUGACGAACACGCUUUCGACAAGAGCAGCGCCUACUACGACCCCAAGUCUGACCCCAAAAAGCCCAAGUGGAUGCUCGUCCAUGUCGAGUUUCGCCGCAAGUUCAGCCAAAAGUUUACGCUCAAGGAUCUCCAGAAGUUCUCCCAGCCUGGAGGCACUCUGGCUGACAUGGAGGUGCUCAAGCAGUCACGCCUCUCCGUCACCAAGGUCACCAAGCCUCAGUGGGACUUCAUCAUGAGCCAGAUCGAUGAGGAUGAUGACGAAGAUGAUGUGAUGCAGGACUUGAACGGCUCAACAAUCGAAGAAGAUGAGGAUGCCGGCGGUGUCGGAGCAGACUUGGGCAAUGACUUUGCCGCUGCCUUUGAAGCUCCUAUUAACCUUCGUACUGCCACCGACGGGAUCCCUGACGUAGUCGACCAAAUGUCUGCUUACGCCGUAGACGCCGCCGCCCCCACGGCCAGAAGUGUGUCUCGUGGCCGCAGAAGCAGGCCUGCCUCUAAGCCAGCUGGUCACUCCGCCGCCAUGCACGACACUGCUGUGCUUACCAGAUACCCGAACGAGGCACCCCCCAGCUAG